UGUCUGUUAGUUGGUAUUUAGAUUUGCGCACGUUGUUGUCAUUGCAUGACAAUAAAUAAGUAAAACUAAGAUGCGAAAUCUGAAGCUACAAUAUUGUAAGGAGCAGAGAACUGGUAUUCCUAGUUGCAAUCAAAUCUUGCUUCAGCCGGAUUUCGAAAUAAGUGGCCAUGGUACCACGUACUUUGUGACUGACAGCGAAAUAUACGCUGUUGAUAACGAUGCCAACGCGUUUCGAGAGCCAAAACUUGUUGCCGAACUGCCGGACAUUGUCGGCGCAGAGUAUUUACAGCUGGAUAACGCAAUAUGCGUUGCCACGAGUGCCGGCGAAGUGCUGCUCAUCAAUCCUGAUACGCUGUUUCAGCGUGAGGGCACCUACUGUGAUGUGGGCAUUGAGUGCAUGUCUUGGUCACCCAACCAGGAGGUGGUUGUCUUUAUAACCAAGACAAAGAAUGUGGUUGUGAUGACGUGCACAUAUGAUGUGCUGGCUGAACAGCCGCUGGAUGCGAGUCUCGCUGAUGAUCAGCAGUUCGUGAACGUCGGCUGGGGCAAGAAGGAGACACAGUUCCAUGGGUCAGCUGGAAAGCAGGCGGCUAAGCAGUCGUCGGAGUUUGUUGUCCCAUCAAAUAUCGAUUUGCUGCCGCAGGAGGUGCAGGUUGCCUGGCGUGGCGAUGGUUCCUAUUUUGCUGUGUCCUAUGUGGCCGCCAACGUGGGUCGCACCUUUAGCGUCUACGACUCUGAGGGCAAGCUACAGUAUGCUGCAGAGAAAUGGAAUGGUUUGCAAGCACCGAUAGCUUGGAGGCCGAGCGGCAAUUGGAUUGCCCAGCCACAAAUUAUGUCCGGCAAGUCGAUUGUGGCGUUAUUCGAGAAGAACGGAUUGCGUCAUCGUGAAUUCGACUUGCCAUUCGAUUUGACAGUGGAGCCCAUUGUGCAGUUGGCGUGGAGUGAUGAUUCAGACAUCCUGGCGCUGCACACUAAGACUACGGAAAAGCAGACUAUCUAUCUCUACACGAUUGGCAACUAUCAUUGGUAUCUUAAACAGGUGCUGGUCUUUGAGGAGCAAUAUGAUCCGCUUGCUCUGUUCCAUUGGGACAGUCGCCUUGGCGCCGAGCACACGCUGCAUAUCCUGCUGAUGAGUGGCAAGCAUUAUACACAUCGCUUUCGCUUUGGCAUCGAUUGCCAGCCGAGCACAGAUAUUGUCUAUGUCAUCGAUGGCAAACGUUUGCUAUUGACCAAGUUCUCGACAGCUGUGAUACCACCGCCCAUGGCCUGGCGCGUCGUUCAAAUGAAGAGCGACAUAAAUGCAGUGAUCACGUCCGAAAACGAAGUCUAUCUAUAUACGAGCGAUCAUUGUAUAUACUCAUAUCAACCAAAAGACGAUCGACUUGAAUUUAGUUGUCAGCUGAGUCAGCCCUUGGCGAGAAACCAGUUGACCAAUUUAAGCUGCUUUGGCAAUGAGUUUUUGCUGGCCGUAAAUAGUGCUGAUAACCAGACAAACAUACUUCUGCUGCUCAAGGGAAAUAUGAAAACAUCCUUGAGCAUUCCUGGCACUGUGAAUGCCCUAACCGUGCCCAAUAAUAGCAAGGAUCGUUGCUAUAUCCAGACCCUCGAAAAUGAUCAGAUUUACGAAGUAAUCUUGACACCAAACGGUGAGCUGAAGACAUUGCCCAACUCUCUGCAGCUAACAACUCCCGUGAAUUACAUGAUAAUGCACACAACUUCUUCUAAUCCAGCUGGUGAACUGAUUUCGCUCCACUUGCAGCAGCAGUUAUAUGUGGAUGGCAAAAGGGUGGCCGAGGAUGUCACUUCCUUCUGUGUCGUCGGCGACUAUUUAAUAUAUACCCAGCUGAAUGCAUUGCAUUUCAUACGGCUGAGCGACAAGUGUGCCGUAGGCACGCGCAGGAUUGAGCGCGGUGCCAAGCUGGUGACACCAGCGAGCGGUGCUCGACUGGUGCUGCAGUUGCCACGAGGCAAUCUGGAGGUGAUCUGUCCACGUGUGCUCGCCCUCGACUUGAUCGGCAAGUCGCUGGAUCGUGGCGACUAUUAUCACCCGAUGUGCAUGCUGCGCAAGCAUCGCAUCAAUAUGAACAUCAUCUGCGAUCACGACAUGGCCAAAUUCGUGGAGAGUGUGGGCGAGUUUCUGGAUCAGAUCCAGGACAGCCAGUGGAUAUGUCUGUUCAUCAACGAGCUGCAGAACGAGGACUAUUCACUGGGCAUGUAUGCCAGCAAUUAUGACACAGUGAGGCAACGUCCUCCGCCCGACUUCAAAGUGGACCAAAAGGUGUCCACCAUCUGCGGGCUGUUGAUCAAACAGAUGACCAGCACCGACGAUCCCAAGCAGAAGGCACGCUUCCGCCUGCCCAUUAUAACGGCUUAUGUGAAGUCCAAUCAAUUGCCAGAGGCUCUGGACUACAUUUGGCAGCAUAAGCAGGAGGAUGCCCAGCUGGGCGAGCAAAUGCUCAAGUAUCUGCUUUAUCUGGUGGAUGUCAAUGAAUUGUAUAACGUCGCCUUGGGCACAUAUAACUUCGGCACAGUCCUCUUCGUUGCUCAGCAAUCGCAAAUGGAUCCCAAGGAGUUUCUGCCCUACCUCAAUGAGCUGAAAUCCUUGCCGCCCAACUAUCGCAAGUUUAAGAUUGACGAACAUCUGAAGCGCUUCGAUCGGGCCCUCCAUCAUUUGGCUGCCUGCGGUGCAGAGCAUUAUGAACUGGCCCUAGACUUCAUCAAACAGCAUAAUCUCUACAAUCAGGCCCUGAUCGCCUAUCAGUCGCAAACGGACUUCCAUCGUCGCAUUUGUGUGGCCUAUGCGGAUUAUUUGCGUUCCAAUGCCCAGCUGGAGGAGGCCAGUCUGCUGUAUGAGCGCGGCGGCGAGCUGCAGCAGGCGCUGCUCAGCGCCCGUCACACCCUCGACUGGCAGCGUGUCCUGCUGCUGGCCCAGCGUGCAGGUGAGCCGCUGGCCCAGGUGGCUAACUCGCUAGUGGCACCGCUGCAACAACAUGAUCGUUAUUUGGAUGCGUACGAGCUGCUCAAGAGAUUUGAGCCACCGGACAGUGAGGCACCGUUGCAGCAGCUGCUCAAGGGCCAUCUGUAUGGGCGUGCGAUCUACGAGGCGGGCCUGCUGGACCAGGACGGCACAGCUGAGCUGCUGGCUAAGCGUGUGAAGCCCUCGCUCAUGGAAUAUGUCGCACAUUUGGAGGCUUCCCUCAACGCGGAUCGGCAGCUGUUCCUGGAGUACAAGCAGCGUCUGCUGGACAUACGCAAACGACAGGCGACGGCAGCUGCAGCCGCCGACGAUCACGGGCUGGAUAUUGAUGAGGCUGAUCUGCUGUCGGACACUAGCAGCAUUCAGUCGUCGCGGCACAGCGGUAGCUCGCGCGGCACCGGUAAAACAUUUCGCUCGAGCAAAAAUCGGCGCAAACACGAACGCAAGCUGCUUAGCUUGAAGCCGGGCAACCCCUUCGAAGACAUCGCGCUCAUCGAUGCGCUGCACAACCAAGUCACGAAGCUCGGCCAGCAGCAGCAGCAGCUUCUUGUGCGUGACACAUGCAAAGCGCUCCUCCAGCUGCACACAGAGGAUGAGCGGGCAGCGCAGCUGCAGCGCCUGUAUGAGAGCAUCUUGCUGGAGCUGCAGCCAGCCGUGCUGGAUGAGAUCUGGAUACCAGAGCUAAUGGGCGGCACCGCCCAACAUCUGACCGGACCCAAUGUCGACUAUCUGGCACUGCAGAAGGAACAGCGCUAUGCUCUGAUAACUCCCCUGAAGCGAUACAAGCCGCAGUUGAAUAUUAUCGACUGGAAGCAUGGCAUAUUGCAUUAGUUCUACUCAUAAUCGUGAUCACAUUAUGGUUAUUUUAAAUGGAUUUUCACUUUUCAUUGGAUAAAUAUAAAUAAACUUUCACUAUGUUUGCCUUGCUUUAAAAUAAAU